AAAGCAGCAGCACCCCCCAAAAUUUCAAAGACACCUUCCUAUAUUUGAGUUCGUGGGCGGAAUGGAGAGUGGGAGCAGACCACUGGCAAUAUCAUAAGGCAGCCAGGCUCCAGGAUUACCAGUUAAGGAACAAAGAAGCUUUUUAGAGGCGGAGAGACUCUUCCCCCACCCUGCCCAUCCCCCUUGGAGAGAUCUGGGUAGCAGGCGGCCGAGAGAGGGGGAAAGGCAGGCACCCCCUGCUUUCUCCCGCAAGGGGGUGGGGUAGGGUAGGCUGCAGACGCCUUUGUCCCUCCAGCGCCAGGCGAGAAGCAGAUGGCCAAGGCGUGAGAGGCCAGGAGGCAACGGCUGCUGUUGCUGCUGCGUGGGCAGUGCGCGUCUGCAAGGAAAGGGGCGCGGAGCAAGGAGGCCAAAAAGGACUCGAGGCUAGCGAGCGUGCCAAGGCGGCGGAUGCAGGGGCCGAUGAACUGCAGCGAAAGUCUCCGAAUCCAGGUCCUCCUGAGCCGGCUCUGGCAGGAGCUGCACGGCGGCGGCGCUGCUCCCAAUGCCAUCCGCAAAGGCAGCAGCCUCCUCGACGACUCACUCCCGGCUCCAAGCCAGGCGACAGCGGCGGGCAGCAAAGCGGGCGCAGACGAUGCUUACCUGUACAUCUUGCUCAUCAUGAUAUUCUAUGGCUGCCUGGCCGGGGGCCUGAUCCUGGCCUACACGCGCUCCAGGAAGCUGGAGUCCAAGCACGACCCUUACCACUUGUACAUCGAGAGCGACUGGACGGCGAGAACGGGAAGCCUGGGAAGGGGCGGAGGAGGACCAGGAACGAAGCUGGCGGCGGUGGCCGGGGAGCCUAGCUUGGGCGAGGGGAUGCUGGCGGCUGCCAGCGGGGAGAGGGGGAGCAGCGGCGACGACAGCGAGCAUCUGUGAGAGAGGAGGAAGGCUCCGGAGAAGGAUCGGAUCGGCCCACCCCAAAUCUGAAGAAAUGCUCUCGGGGGUGGGGGAUGCGGUCCGCUCAAAGGCUGGAAUUCUGAACUGCGAUCUGCGCCUCUUAGCUAGGCGGGGGCAAAGAUACAACAAAAAUUAACCAAGCAAUCAGUCCUGUCGCUUCAUUUGCCCCACGAGGAAGCCGCGUGCAAGCUUUGAGUUCAAUCAGACUGAAUCUAGCAUGGGGAGGCAGAUGGCGCUAGGCAAAAAGACGGUUCGGUUAGUCUUAAGCGGAGCGAGCGUUGUGCUGCUGUGCAGGUAUAUUUAGGUAUUUACACCAGCGGUGCGGAACCUGUUUCCCUCCGGAUGUUCCCACUAAGACUUCCAGCUCCUAUGAUUCUUCCAGGGUAGCCAUGUGCUUUAAAUGCAUCUGGAGGAAACUAGGUUCUCCAUCUCCAGUAUGGACUGUGCUGACUGCAAAACAAAUCAGUGGACACAUAUGCCAGAGCGAGGGCAUGUUGUGCAAGGUAGUGGUGGAGUUAACAGUGGGAUGCUCUUCCUUAAGAGAACACAAGUCACCCGGACUGGGAUCCAUCUCUGGCUCUGUUUGGAAGACAGACAUGUUUAUCUGGUUCCCUUGGGAGCUCGCAGGACAUAAAAGUCUGCCUGCACACCCUACAUUUAAAGCACAUUCCGCCGCCCACAACCCAAAAGAAUCAUGGGAACUGUAAUUUGUUAAGGGUGGUGGGCAGUGGAAUGUGCUUUAUAUUGUGCAGGCAGUCCUAUGAUGGAGAGCAUUUCAUAUAAAGUAUCUGUAGCUGUUCUGCUGCUUAACAUCCAUUUUUAUUUCUUUUUCUUUGAUGAUGGGUUUUCAAUUAAAAGGUGCCCACCACCCUGGAAAGGAGAGGAUAAUUUGUCUUCAAAAUAUCAUAUUGAAAUGAGCUUUGGCUAUGAACACACAAACCCUGCCAUUCAAGCAAAUACUUUUCUGGGGCCCUGUGUUUCAAGCUUCUCCCCCACCCCCCUGCUACCCUCAGCAGCUGCACAGCCCAUCAAUAGUCCUAAGAGGAGGGGCGCUGGCCAGGGAAACAAAGAGAGCAAGCCAUGUGGGUUGGAAGGGGUGUGUUUGUGUUUGUGUUGAGGCUGGAGACCUGGUAUGACACCGCUUUGGGUUUUAACAGCACAAACCUUUUGUUCCCUUUAAUUGCCGCCAGAGGAAGAGAGGACCCCCUGCCCCAGAAAUGAACACCAAUGUCUCUACUUUUCAGUAGGGGUGGUGGGCUACCCCCAGUCUUGCAUACUCUGCCAUUUUCUCAGCUGGAAAGUGUUCUGGAUCUCUUGACACAGCCUUAAACAACCUGGCGUCCUCCAGGUGUUUUGGACUACAACACCCAUCAAGAACAGUCAGUAGAACCAGGUUGGGAAAGGCUGACCUGCAUCAAUGUAUUAGGUAUCAGGCGGUAUUUCCCUCCUAGGCUUUGCCUUUUAACCUCUGGUGUACACUAGAUAAUUUUUUAGGUGUCAUUAAAAAACCCCUCUUUUAUGCUUUUUAUAGUGUUUGUAUUAAAUAUCGCAAACCUCCCUGGAAAUUUUGUAUUAAAGGGCAGCAAAGUAAUGUUUUAAAUUAAAAAAUGCUAGGUCCUGUUGCCAACAUCUAUAUGGAGUUUUAUUCUCCGCAAUGUAGGAUUGCCAUAUUUCAAAAAGUAAGAACCAGGACACCCCAAAGUUGCGCUCUCUCUCUCUCUCUCUCUCUCUCUCUCUCUCUCUCUCUCUCUCUCUCUCUCUAUAUAUAUAUAUAUAUAUAUAUCAGUGGGAAAAUUUUUAAACAAAUUAAUUUGCCUUCAAAUGCAAUGUAAUUGAGGACAAAUCAGUACAAAUUACUGUAUGAAUGUCUUCUGCUGACUUCUGUUACUUUUUUAGUGUCCACAGCCUCUCUCAAUGUGUUCAGUGGGGUAUGUGUGUGUAUAGAGAGGAGAGUAAACCCCACUGAACUCAGUGGGACUAACCUCUAGGUAGACAUUUAUAGGAUUGCACUCUAAGAUUGCAGUCUUAAACACUUACUGUACUAAUUAACACAUUGAGACUUCCCUUUGAAUAACGUGUAUAGGAUUGCACUAUAAGUUACCGUAGUUGUGCUGAAGACCCAUUAAAAUCAAUUGUGACUUUUCAAAUUUGUUUGAAUGAGAUUUAAGUGCAACUAACUUAAUCUGGCUCCAGUCCAAUGAUAAUAAAUGACAAUUGUAAUUUGCGGUUACUGGGAAGCAAAAACAUUUGGCUGAUAGCAGGGCCCUGUUAUAGUCUCUUGUAGGUAUGUCCACUAUCAACAGAAUUUUGCAGCUCCACAGUGAUAAUAAAUGAGUACGGUAUUUAUUAUCCUUGUAAACGAUAGUCAUUUUCAGUAACAGGGAAUUUUCUGUGCCUUUGAUAAAGGUCCAAUACAUGUCAAACACUGCAGUGUAUUUAGAAAUGAAGCAAGCAAGUGCUUGUUUGUUCCUGUUGAGAGAAUAAUAAUUUGAAACGGAUUAAUAUUUUGCCUGUUGUGUUCAUGGACUUUGGAGCAAUUUUAUACCCAUGUAUAGACUUUGAUACACCUCAUGUGUAGACCUUGAUACACCUAGCAACUGUUUGUAUAGGGGAGACAGGAGUAAUUGUAUUUCCAGUAUCUUGUUUUUUCUACUUUGAUGUAGAUUCACAUACCAUUCCUGUGACUUUUUCUAAUUACUGUAUUUGUGACAAGUUACUGCAAGCUUUCUAGUACAUUUCUGAGAGGCAGACUUCACAUGUCCCUAAUUUUGUUGUCAUGGUUCACUCUUUUCCUACCUGCAUUUGGGACUUGAUGCCCCACAUAAAAACGUAAGAGCCUGCUGGAUCAGGCCAAUGCCCAAUCUAGUCCAGCAUCCUGUUCUCACAGUGACCAACCAGAUGCCUGUGGGUAACCCACAUGCAGGAUUCAUGCACAAGAGCACUCUUUCCUCCCAUGAUUUCCAGUAACUUGCAUUCAAAAGCAUCGCUGUGUGGAGGCAGAGCAUAGCUAUUGUGACCAGUAGCCACUGGAUAACCUUGUUGAAUUUGUGUCAAGAGAAUAGGGGCAGGAGUAGCAGUGAGCAAGUGACUAAGCCCCAGCUCCCUCUACUGUUAAGACAGUACUAGACAUGGACCAUCAAGGUUUCAAGACUGACAUUAUUCUGCUAGGGUGGGUAAUCUGAUUUCCCCGUCUGUAGGCUGUAUUUUCACAGACAUUCCAACAGCCACAUGCAUCAUAACAUAGUUCUAAGGCCGAGCUAUAAUGAACUGGGGCAGGCAGGAAGAAGGUGGUAUAAAAUGGGGCAAUGGCAAAAGCAAAAUAGGCAGACAUCAAGGAAGGUAGAGCUGGGCUGGGUGAAGAUUUAGGACAAAUGAGAAGCAAGUGGUGUAAAUAAGGAUGACCCAUGGCAAAGGAAGGCAAAGAAAAAGCAAGUUAGCAGGAGAGACCCAUCUAUGAAUGUAGGAGCACCUCUUUAUGUUUCAGUUCACAUUCCCACAAUUUGGUGGGCCUCUUGCAUAUGUAAAAGCUUCCGGGUGGAAAGAUUUCUCUAAUACAGCGUCUUUCAGAAAGAACAUUUUUGAAAGGCAAAUUAUAUAGUCCUGAGAUUCGGAGGAAUCUCUCCAUAUGGAUAUGUCAUUGAAUUUUUUAAAAUAAUUUUGCAUUGUAAAAACCAAAUAAAAAUGAUUUUUUAAAAAAGGCAAAUCAUAUUAAUGGGUCUCACACCAUUCUUCGGUUGCAUACCAUUUGAAGCUUCUGUAAAGUAAAAAUAAUUUAAUUCCAAUACCAUACAUUUAUGGUUGAAAGUAUGCAUAAGGUAUAUGCACAUUUGGGAAAAAAAAGAUUACAGCAUACCCAGGGGCAUUCUACUUUAUCACAUAGGACUCAUGCUAAUACAAAGACAAAUGCCUGCACAAUGAAACAUCCGGAAGA